AUGCCGGCGGCGGCGGCAGCAGCGGCCGCGACCUUGCCGCAGCCGGAGCCGGAGGUGAAGCCGAGUGACACGGACGCGCUCACCAUCUUCCGCAACGGCGCCGACGCGCACGGCAUCCUGGCCGCCAACUGGAGCAGCGGCGACGCCUGCGCCGGCCGUUGGACGGGCGUCGGCUGCUCCGCUGACGGCCGCCGCGUCACCUCGCUCGCGCUGCCGUCGCUGGACCUACGAGGCCCGCUCGACCCGCUCUCCCACCUCGCCGAGCUCCGCGCGCUCGACCUCCGCGGGAACCGCCUCAACGGCACGCUCGACGCGCUCCUCCGCGGCGUCCCCAACCUCGUGCUGCUCUCUCUCUCCCACAACGACAUCUCCGGCGCCGUCCCGGACUCCAUCGCGCGGCUCCCCCGCCUCGCCCGCGUCGACCUCGCCGACAACAGCCUGAGCGGGCCCAUCCCGGAGGCGGCGCUCGGCAAGCUCACCGGCCUCCUCACGCUCAAGCUCCAGGACAACCUCCUCACCGGCCUCCUCCCCGACGUCACCGCCGCGCUGCCCCACCUCGCGGAGUUCAACGCCUCCAACAACCAGUUCUCCGGGCGGGUCCCCGACGCCAUGCGCGCCAGGUUUGGUCUCGCAUCUUUCGCCGGCAAUGCCGGCCUCUGCGGGCCCGAGCCGCCGCUACCGCCUUGUUCCUUCCUGCCGUGCGAGCCCGCCCCGACGUCGCCUUCGUCCGUGCCUUCCUCCAUGGUGCCGUCGAACCCGGCGGCGUCCUCUUCCGUUGCUUCGUCCUCGCCGGCACUGGCCACACCGGAGUCGCUCGGCGGGGCUGGCAAGGGGAGGCAGCGGCAUGUGCUGGAAGAAGAAGGAGAAAAGAAAACGUCGGAUGAAAAAAAGAGGGGCGGCGCGGAGAAAAGAACAGACGCGAACCGGUACGAGAUGUGUGUAAUCGAUGGCAUUGGUGGGUAA